UCAAGAAAUGAUGAUAACAUUCCUUACAGCAUUAGCCAGCGCUCAGCAGCAUUGCUCUGAAGGCUGCAGGCAAUGGCAGUUGAAUUUCCAGUCGAUCGAGCCAGGGAGCCCUCCAAUGGGGAAGUAUCCGCGGCGAGCUCUCCGAUCCCUAAGUCGGCGGUGAAUCCCCAAGACGAGAUAAGAGCUGUCGCCGGCAUCAUCUCCGAUCAACCUCUCCCCAACCCCGAACCCGGCGUCUGGGCCGUUCUCACUGCAAUCUCCAAGAAUGCACGCCUUCGUCCCCAGGGAGUCAACAUGCUAUUGACUGAGGAUGAGCUUUGCAUUGGCCGUUGUGUAGAGGAUCGUUUCCAGAUCAAUUCUAUCUCCAUUAGUGCAAAUCAUUGCAAAAUUUCUAGAGAAAGAGAGACUCAUACAGAUGGUAAGGCAGAUUCCAGCAUCCGCUUCUCAGCCUUUUUGAAAGACACCAGCACCAAUGGGACUUACCUUAAUUGGGUAAAGCUUAGAAAGAAUUCUAAAGCCAGAUUGACACAUGGAGAUAUCUUGUCUUUUGUUUCACCCCCACAUGGAGAUAAUUCUUAUGCAUUUGUAUAUCGAGAAGUUCCUGGUUCAAAUACUGAGGGUUUAAAAAGGAAAUCAGAGGACUUGAGCAAUGAGAGCAAAAGGUUAAAAGGUAUUGGAAUUGGUGCAUCUGAUGGACCUAUUUCUCUAGAUGAUGUUCGAAGCUUGCAACGAUCAAACAUGGAACUUAGGCAACAAUUGGAAUCUCAUGUUCUUACCAUUGAGGCUUUGCACAGUGAAAACAGGUUGAUAAAUGCUCGCCAUGAAAAUGAGCUGAAAGAGCUGAAGGAAACCGUCUCUAAUUCAUAUGACGGUCAGAUUAAAGAUCUGCUGAAUGUAUUAGAAGCAAAACAGAAAGAAUUAGAUGAUUUCAGUGCCACAUCUGCCGAACUGCAGAAUUCUAUCAAGGAUCUUAAUGAGAGACUUAAGGCAUCCCUGCAAUCACGUGCCGAUGCAGAUGAGAUAAUUAAUAGUCAAAAGGUAACCAUUUCAGAGCUAGAGACUCAAUUAGAUGAAGAAAGAAAUCAGAGAAGGGGGGAGCGGGAAAGAGCAGAAAUGGAUCUAAAGUCUGCCAUACAAAAAGCACAUUUAGAAUCUCAGGAGGAGAUUAAACGACAGGCUGAUGUUUACUUGAGGCAACAUAGAGAACAGCAAGAAUUGAUUGCUAAGCUUCAGGAUUCAGAGAAAGAGAGUCGAUUGCUUGUGGAAAUGCUAAGAUCUAAGCUGGAAGAUGCAAGGGAGAGUCUGGUAGCGUCCGAGAAGAAAGCUAGGCAGCUGGAAGCACAAAUUCAAGAUGAACUCAUGGCUUCUGCUAAUACCAGAAAAAAAAUGGAUGCUGCAGAGUCUGAAUUAAGAAAAUUAAGGAAUGAACUCGAAAAUGAGAAGCAGGUGGCACGGGAAGAAGCGUGGGCUAAAGUUUCGUCCCUUGAACUUGAAAUUGCUGCUGCUAUUCGUGAUCUAUCCAUUGAAAAGCAAAGGUUUCAGGGAGCUAGAGAAAGACUUAUUCUACGGGAAACCCAACUAAGGGCUUUCUACUCAACGACUGAAGAGAUUUCUGCACUAUUUUCAAAGCAGCAGGAGCAGCUGAAGGCAAUGCAGAAGACCUUGGAAGAUGAAGAGAACUAUGAAAACUCCUUAUUUGCUGCUGAUUCAAACAUGCCUGUUAAUCUAAAUUUCAAUAUUGCCCAAACCAGACAAAAUCCAAAAGAAUCUUCAAGCGCAUCCACCCCAAAGAAUUCUCUUCUGAAAAUUGAUGGUAAGUAUGACUAUGAUGAUGAUGACGACGACGACGACGAUAUCUGCACCACUCAGAAGAAUGAAUGUCGAAAUGAUAGUCAAGAUGGUAACACUCAAGACCUAGAAGGCGGAACAGCUGAUAGGUUACCUCGAGCUUUUGGCUCAGACAUCGAUGGUGUUGGAACUGAAGUUGUUCCUGAUUUAAACUUGAUUGAUACAGAACGAGUUCUCGGAACCGAAAGCCAAAUCGAUGAAAGAGGUGCUGCUGUUGCUCUCCUCAAAUGCCGCAAGCUUGCCAGUGAUACAAUGCAGAUUGACGACAAAGUCAGAGCCGACGAUAACGACGAACCUCUGGCCGGCCAUUGUGAUCUCAAAACCAGCCCAACAUCCCAGCAAAGAAAGGAGGAUAAUGAAGCUAGCACAAUCAGAACUGCUGACCUCUUGGCUUCAGAAGCUGCAGGGAGUUGGGCGAUUGACACUGCUCCAUCAGUUUAUGGGGAAAAUGAAUCUCCAGAAGAUCAUGCUGUAGGUGCUGAGGCUGAAGCCCAUGCAGCUACUGCUUGUCUAAUGCUUGGCUCUGAUGGCCAGGCGACGGGGAGUCAGAGCAAUUCGACGCGCAGCAUCACCAAACUUGUUACUAAAGAGCACCGAGCGCUUUCUGCCAUGAUUAACAUCGUCGAACCUGAUUUCAGGCAUAAAUUUCCCGGCUGUGUUGGUGCGACGCAGAGCGAGUCGCCCUCGGAUGCAGAAACAGAGGAAGACAGUAAUCAUAUUAAAGGCAGUGAUAAAAAUGAUGAUGAUGAUGAUGAUGAUGGUGAUUGUAGUGCAGAUGAUGCAACAAAUGGAGCUGAUGUGAUGAUAGAAGAUUCUGUUGGCUGAUUGAAACUGCUUUUUUUUUAUGAUUUCUGCUUACAUGAUGUAAAAAUGUGUUUGC